UCCUCGGGUUUGUUAAAUGCAGGAGACUCAUAAUAAAGUGCACCUGUUCUUGCUCUUCUUAGCCAACCUGGACACUUGAUCAAAGGACUUUUUGCUUGCAAUUUAAAUCAACAAAAUCAAUGAGGUUCGGCUUUUCAGAAGCUAAAACACCUCAUAAAGUAUUUGCUGAUCCAGCUACUUAGUUGAAGAUUCUCCAGUCUACUGUACAUCAGGAUAUCCUACAGGGAAUCUUGUAACCACCUUUCCCCCAUCCCCGUUUCUUCAUUAAUUUCCAUUAUCGGUGGUGAAGCCGAGGAUGGAAAGUUUGAACUUACAAAUCUCAACAAAUUCCAGUUCGAGCAAAACCUUAGAGAACACAGACAGCUUUUCAGACUACAGCGAUCUUCUCCAUUCACCUCAAAGCAACCCUCGCCAGAGCCGCGUUCUCAAACCAAAGUCAAACAACAUGAGCUGUCGACGCAAGCGUGAAUUUAUCUCAGAUGAGAAAAAGGAUGCAUCCUACUGGGAAAAGCGACGCAAGAAUAACGAGGCAGCCAAGCGUUCCCGGGAGAAGCGGCGCUUUAAUGACAUGAUCCUCGAGAACAGAGUUAUGGCACUGAACGAUGAGAAUGUACGCCUAAAAACUGAACUUUUACAGCUUAAGCUCAGGUUUGGUCUGAUAAGUACAGCCUCCUACAUGGAAAAGAGUCAGCAGAUUGCUGGAGCAGUCAAUGGAACUUCUGGGGGCAACUCAUCAUCAUCCUCUUCCUCCAGUUGCUUCUUCCCUAAUGGUUACUCCAGUGUUUCUCAGAUGAUGAUAAACUCUGAUUCUUCUGAAACAGAGCAGUCUGUUCGAGGGGAUGGGCAUUUGAAAUUGACAAAGUACUCCCCACGAGGUUCCCUCUCUGAUAUGUCCGAUGGCUCUUCUCGGGACAGCCCAGAGCCAAUGGCGUAUGACAUCAAGCAGGAAGGGAUGGGUCUAGAGAUGGACAUUGUCAAUAGCACCACUGCACAGUUCAUGUUCAACAUUCAUUCUAGACUACCAGCAGCACUUCACCAGCGGACUUUUGAGCAAGGUUAUUCAGCCAACCAACAGAAGCAACAACGCCAGGAGACGGUUGAAAGUUUUGACGUCCCGCAAUCUGCUCAAAGAAGUGUCAUCUUAUACCGUUCUAGCAGUGCCUCGUAUCCUGUAGAAACUCAGGAAAUGAUUCCAAAAGAGCAGCAGAACCUCAGCCAGCUUACAGAGGAACCAACCGAAAAAACCUUGGCAGAGGUGUCCAGACGGCUAGAGAGGAAGACUUUGGACUCUCCUCAUGACUACACAGAGGCCGCCGAAAGGCAAGCGUACAUUGCUCAGCGACAAAGGGUCGAUGCUGCCGCCCCAAAUCUUCUGGUGAGACCCGAGGAUGGAGAUGAAACACAGAUGUACCACUGUUCAAAUAGCCCCAAGGAAAACGACGAGCCACCAGUGCUGACCUACGAAGGAAGCUUGAGACAAGAAGAGUACUAUGAGGCUCACUCAGGAAAGGACACUUCCUCAAGUGACGGGGAUCCCCGCACCUCUGAUAAAGAGGGCUCCACAGAUGAUGAGUCUCCCUUUUCCUCUUGCUCUGAUACAGGCAGCUACCACCCUCACAUAUUCAUGACCCAGAGCUCCUUUUCACCGAGCCAGUGCAAAGAUGGCCAAGCAGAAAUCAAAGGCACUGCCCUACCCCACAAAUUGAGACUCAAGCACAGAGCUCAGAGUGAGGGCACAGCAUCAUCUCAAGACUCACCGACAACGCCACCUGCUAAUUUCCAACCAUUACCUCAGCACCCUUACCUGGCCUUGUCUCAAUCUGGCGGUCAGUCGAAUGCAGGGUUUUGCAAGGAGGACACUUCGGUUGGAAGCAUCGAAUGUUGGAAGGAGGAAUCCAGCUUGCGUAACAGUUGCAACAAGAGACAUGACUGAAUGGGAGACCGUAGGACUCACUUGGGUCUUGGUAUAAACCCCCAAGAGACAUUUUAUAAACCCUUUGAGGUCCUACCUUCAUCUUAUAUCCUUCACCCAUUCCCUGUUCGUAUGGCUUGGAAUAAGAGAAAUGGACAUUGCCAGAACUACAUCAGGACAGAAACUGAUGCAUUGUACCAUAAUGUAUAGACUUACCUUUUGUUGGUUUGGUUUGUUUGUUUAACUUCCUCUUAAGGUUACAGUGGCACUUUUAUAACAGAAUGAAAUAGGAUGACAAGCUAUUGAUCGCACUUACCCGUAUUUCCUGUGCUGCACUAAGAUGUCAACAUAAGAGUACAUUCAAUUCAAUAGCAAUAUCUACAAUUUGUGAGGCAUUGUAAUGGAUUCUUCUAUGUAAAUAGGCAAUUUCAAGUGCCCCUUUCUUAGUUUUUGGCCACAACGAAACAACAGAACAUUUGCAUCAUUUUGAAACAUAUCAAACAUCAGAAGAUUCAGGGAACGUUCCCUUGACCAAAGAAACAUGGCUUUAAUUUCAUACCUCUCUCUGCUCCAUAUACCUCUAUCUGCUUUUCUAACUAGUGCUCCCCAUCUCUUUUCCCACAUUCAACAACCUAGCUACUGCUCCUUUAUCAGGCACUUGGUUUGUAUGUAUAAAAUGUGAUAUAAAUAUUAUAUACGAAUAUAUUUUGAGAAGAAAACAAAAAGAUUACAUUCUUGUCAAAAAAAUACUGUACAAUAUCAGUGUGUUUGCAGUGCCACUUAAUAUAAACUCCUUUUUUUACUUUACCAAUUUGCAAAUAAAUAUUUUUUUGGAAACUCUCCUUUUAUAGGAAAAUUACAAAAUGCCCCAAAGCCUUUACAGAUUCAUUUGCAGGUUCAUGUAAUCUCCAUGUAAUAGAUACUAAAAUGUUUUUAUUGCAGUUAUAACUAAUUGAAAUGUCUAGUCUUGAAACACUGUUUAUUGUAAUAUGUAUUUUCCAGAUGUUUAAAACAUUAAAACUACCCUAAAAAUUACAUUUACCUUCUAUUUUAUGUAGCCUUCUUAUUUAUUGUUUUCCUAGUACAUCCACUGAUGUAAAACAUAAAUUUGCUUCAUAACCUGUUAUAGAGUGAACCUAAAGAUAGAUAUGAAACUGUUUUUGUUCUGGACGUAAUGCAAAAUAACACUCUCUUCCUCUCUGGUUAUGAACGGGAAUGAUUUGCUCUAAUUAGCAUGGGGUUUACACGAAAGCUCCACCCUGCUUACAUCAGUAUAAAUGGAUGAUUACUAGCAUAAUGUCUCAGAUCGUUUGCCAUUGAGGCCCCCAGUUAAGCAAUUAAGCUAGCUGAUACUGCAGUUUUUUCACUCUUUAACUGGUUUGCUGACUCACUCACUAGUCAGCCGCUGCCCUGCAUAUGCUUUCCUGCUAAAAUGGUUUAAUUAAAGUUUUUUUUUGUUUUUUUUUCACUUUUAGAAGAACGCUUCAAUUUUUUCAGGUAGCUCAAUUGUAGUCACAACUCCCCCUAAAUAUUUUUCAAAAUAAGUCUACGUGUCCUGUUAACUUAUGGCACUUGUGUAUAAAUGUAAAAUAUUUUUUUUCUCACAACACUGUAUUGUGCUUUUUGAAAUGUUUUUGGGGGCCAAGUGUUGUCCUUUUUAUCACUAACUGCGUCUUUACUUCCUGUUUACUGUGAUUUUGUAAUUGCUCACCACAAUGUCACCAACACCAUAUCCCUCUUCGUCCUUUCAGUACGUUUCAAACUGUGAUGUUUGAUGUUUUUUUUUUAUUAUUAUUAUUUCUUAUGGUUUUAUCAAAAAAGAAAGUGGAAAUAACGAGCAAGGUUUGUUUGCUGUUAUUGAGUAGACUAUGGCACUGCUUUGAAAUAGAUGCAUAUUGUAAAAACACUAAUAUUCAGUGCUAGGUUUGGGUGCAUUUCAAAAAUUCUACAAAAAAAUUAAAUAAAAAAAUGUUGUUGCAUUA